AUGUUUGAGGAAUUUUUGAGUUGGAGAGACAAGAAGAGUGAAGGAAGACUGGGGCUGAUUCUCCUUGGAGAGCCGUCCCCGUUGACGUUUGCACUAGAAGAGUUCCCCCAGGACGCCCACCCGCAGUUACACGACGCAUCUGGCCAGAUAUGCAAUAGUGCCAAUCUGGAAGUUAUCCAGAAAGAUGUUCACCCGUCGCAUUUGGAUGAAGCCGAUGUCGCGUAUCUGAAGGCCAAGGGCGUUUUCACCCCGCCAUCAGCAAGGACCCUGGAUGAUCUGGUCGCAGUCUAUCUGACGCGGUUUCAUCCUCUGUAUUCCAUCGUGAACAAGGUUGAGCUUGAAAAGGUCCAUAAGGAGCACAAGCUCCCUUGGGUUCUUCUCCAUGCUGUUUGCUUCAUCGGGGCAACGUUUUGUGAGCCCUAUAAACUGCAUUCCGCCGGAUUUCAGUCUCGAUCCGAUGCCCGUCGCCACUUCUACCAGAAAGCAAAGCUACUAUUUGAUACUAGCUACGAGACUAACAAGAUCAUCCUCCUUCAGGUAGCUAUUAUGCUGAGCUUCCGGGGCCCUCAAAUGCAAAGCUAUUGGAACCCUUGCUCCUGGAUUGGCUUCGGGGUGACGUUCGCUAUCUCGCUAGGCCUCCAUCGUUCGACAGCCUCAUCUAACGCACCCGGGGGUGAUACAGGCUUAUUGAGAAGACUUUGGUGGGCGCUGGUAGUGCGGGAUACCUACUGCGCCGUCUUACUCGGACGUCCUUUUCGCAUCGAUCUUCCUCAUUCUGACGCAGAAAUGCUCAUGCCAGAUGACUUUGUCUACGAGAGCCACGACGAAGCCUUCUAUCAGAUCCAAAUGGCACGUCUGGCUCCAAUCAUGCGGAAUAUCACCCAUUGCCGCGCGGCAGACCGGCAGCUCUCCCCACAGGUCGUCCACGCAGAAUUGGAGACGUGGCGGGCUGACCUGGAGGUCUCUCUCCAACGGUGGCCAGGUGGAUCUCCCUCCGUACUGUGGACCACUGCACUAGACAUAAUCUACAACUAUUAUCUGUUGCUUCUAUAUAUCGACAAUCCUGAUAUAUCCCGGUCGCAAACGCUCUGUCACCAACCAGGGCCCGCGCGUCCGCGUCAAGAACUGGUCGAAUCAACAGCCAGAGCCAUUGCCUCCAAAGCGAUCACUCUUGUCACCAAGGCCCGUCUAUCCUACCUUCCUCAUGAGGCCUUUCCGGGAUUCUUCGUGGCCGGCAUUGUCCAUUACCGGCAAACCCAGCAUAAUGACCCAAUGGUAGCUCAAAUGGCACGCGCAAGUCUGGACAAUUGCCGCGUGAUCCUGAACGAAGUCAAGGAAUUCUGGGAACCCGGUGAAUGGGCAAUGGAGAUCUUCGACUUUCUCAAUAUGAGACACCAGGACGAUUCACUGAGGAAUGCUCGCCCCUCGCCUCGUCAGUCGGAAGUAAAUGCGACUGCACUCCACACCGAUAUGCCCGCAGACUUCGUUCCAGCAGAAAAUCAGGAAGACAGUAGCUUGAUGAAUAAUUAUCUCUUCGGUUCCAGCUGGGAAACAGUUAUGCAAGGAGGACUCGCAGACGACUCCUUACUAAUGCCAGGCUUUCUCCCUUCGGUUGUUGAUGAAUGGUCCUACCUUCAGCCUUAA